GCGCUUCGCGCAAAUUUGACCUUAAUAACAUGAGUUGGCGCGCUUUCAUCAAGCCCAUAUUUGUUGUUUGCUAUUCUCUACUUAUAUGUAUUACACUUCCUUUUCUGAUUCUAAAGCUGUACGAAAAAUCGGCUCCGGCAAUAGUCAGCGCGUGGUUCGUCGCCGGGCUUUUUGUUCUAGGUGCAAUACCUAUAUCACUAUGGACCAUAAUUGAGCACAUGAUCAAUUACACCAAUCCACUUCUUCAAAGACAUAUUAUCAGGUUUGUCUGAUUCUUGACGAGUUUCACUUCAGAAUCUUGUGGAUGGUUCCGAUUUAUGCUGCUGAUGCGUGGUUGGCACUGAUUUUCCCUUCAUUUGCAAUUUACUUUGACACGUUAAGAGAAUGCUAUGAAGCUUAUGUCAUUUACAACUUUCUUGCGUUUUUGCUUAAUUAUUUGAGGAGCGAGUUUCCUGACUUACGAUGCGUUAUUGAACAGAAGCCACAAAUGAAACACUUGCCGCCGUUUUGUUUCUUAAGCUCUUGGAGAAUGGGAAGAGUAUUCAUUGACCACUGUCGUCACGGGGCCUUGCAGUAUACCGUUAUUCGUCCACUAACAACUGCUAUUGCACUAAUAUGUGAAAUGGUUGGCGUUUAUGGUGAAGGAGACUUCAACUUUCGCCACGCGUUCCUUUACUUGACUAUUAUAAACAAUGUUUCUCAAAUUUGGGCACUCUAUUGUUUAGUAAUGUUCUAUCGGUGUACUCGAUUAGAAUUAAGUCCAAUGAAACCGGUCGCCAAAUUUCUAUGCGUCAAAUUCGUUGUUUUCAUGUCUUUCUGGCAGUCCAUUUUAAUCGCAGUACUUGCUGCUACUGGUGUUAUCAGAAAGGUGGAAGCCUGGAAACUAUAUGAUGUUCAGUCUAUUGGUAUCGCACUACAAAAUUUCGCUAUAUGUAUCGAGAUGUUCAUUGCCGCAAUAGCCCAUCACUUCUCUUUCACUUGGACGCCAUAUGUCGAUCCUAAUUCGGAACCAACGAGUUGCUGUUACUCAUGGCGGUCUAUGUGGGAUGUGUCUGAUAUGCGUCGAGAUGUUGUAGAACAUGUCAGACACAUCGGUCAUAGUGUAAGACAUUUUAAUUUCUCCUCCGACCGUCAACUUUCAAGCCGUCACAGUCUUUCAGGAACUUAUCACCGAGUUGUAUCUCUUGACGCUGAUGAAGUCGAUUGUAAUAGUAUUGCAUACUGUGACAACGAAAUCAACCCUCUUCUUCCAAAUCAGGAUUCCAGUUCUGAAGUAGGAAUUGGGUCUGAAUUACUUCGUGUUAGGAAUUCCGGGGAUAAUAUUCAAACUGAAAAGAUAGUCUAACUCUAACGCUGAAAUUAUUCUCUACUAACUUGUAACAAUCCAUAUAAUGCUAUAUAUUUUAAAUAUUAUUUUCUUUUAACCCUCACAUUUAUCUGAUAUUUUCAUCUUAUCAUGUGUAAAACAGAGCCAACGAUUAUAACGUAUGUAUAUCCCUCUUAUUAUUUUUUUAUAAGAAUAUCUUUGUGUACAAAAGUUCUAUUUCUGCUUAUCUUUACUUGUAAUUAACCUGCUUGCUAAAUAAUAAAAUUGUUAAUUUUCUCUUUUAUCUUUUAUUUUGUCAAAUAGUAAGUAUUCUAAUCAGGUUGUUGUGAAUUUACAGGAGCAUAAUGUGAUAUUUUGUUUGUUUAACGUUCCGAUAAAAAUAAGCUUUCGUAAUUAAUUACAAAUAUUUGUGUAAUUAUUAUUUUCGGUCACUUUACAUCUGUACUCAACUUGUAUUAUAAAAAUAAUUUCUUUAAAAAUACAGCAUAAAAUUA